CGCCGCUCGGGAUCGGACCUGCGGAUGGUUUUGGCUGUAUCUUCAUGUAGGACCUACUCCCUAAGACACUCCUGACGCGGUGAAUUCCACCUGCGGUGCUUUGACUCAUGCAACAGAGAUGCUGCCCCUGGGGGAGGCGGGAAGGACGGGCCAAGGAGGGGUGGGGACGCGGGUUCCCGUGCCCCCUGCCCACCUCGGAGUAGUGGGGUACGAGGGAAGGGCUGUGUCUCCUGUGUAAGGAAGGAAAUGUUCUUUGAAUUAGUAAAGCUGUGCAAGUGCACAUUCAAGAAAAGAGGCUUAGAAAAAACGAGGACGUUUCCCCUAGAUGACUUUUGAACUGCGGAAUCGCUUGGCCUUUGGCGUUUCAGCUUCCUGUGAGGUCCCGGGAGGCACGGAGCAGAGUCCAUUGCACUACAGCUCUUGUCUUGGAUCGGGUGGGAUAACUGGCAAGGCCCUGGUUGAGCUUCAGUGUGAAGACAGAAUCCUAGAAGUGAUUUCUUUGAGGGCAGGGUUGCGUGCCCCGCUGAUUUCUUCUCUUUCUAGGCUGGGCUUCAUCACCAGGCCUCCUCACCAGCUCCUAUCCCUUCUGUGUCUCGGACUCCGGAAACCUCGACCCCCAGUACUCUGUGGCCUGCCCAGGAAAUCUGACCAUCCUGCCUGUGGCAUUCACAGGCCCAGAGCCAUGGCUAACUCCUCCUCCUCCUGGGAACUACCCCUGGUGGCUGUGUGCCAGGUAACAUCGACACCAGACAAGCAACAGAACUUUAAAACGUGUGCUGAGCUGGUUCGAGAGGCUGCCAGAUUGGGCGCUUGCCUUGCUUUCCUGCCCGAGGCAUUUGACUUCAUUGCACGGGACCCUGCAGAGACGCUCCGCCUAUCAGAGCCACUGGGUGGGAAUCUCUUGGGAGAAUAUGCCCAGCUUGCCAGGGAAUGUGGACUCUGGCUGUCGUUGGGUGGUUUCCACGAGCGUGGCCAGGAUUGGGAGCAGACUCAGAAAAUCUACAAUUGUCAUGUGCUUCUCAACAGCAAGGGCUCAGUAGUGGCCACUUACAGGAAGACUCAUCUGUGUGAUGUAGAGAUACCAGGGCAGGGACCCAUGCGUGAGAGCAACUCUACCUUGCCUGGGUCCAGUCUUGAGUCGCCUGUCAGCACGCCAGCAGGCAAGAUUGGUCUAGCUAUCUGCUAUGACAUGAGGUUUCCUGAACUCUCUCUGGCAUUGGCGCAAGCUGGAGCAGAAAUACUUACCUACCCCUCAGCGUUUGGAUCGGUUACAGGUCCAGCCCACUGGGAGGUGUUGCUGCGGGCCCGUGCCAUUGAAACCCAGUGUUACGUAGUGGCGGCAGCACAGUGUGGACGUCACCAUGAAAAAAGAGCAAGUUAUGGCCACAGCAUGGUGGUAGACCCCUGGGGAACUGUGGUGGCCCGCUGCUCUGAGGGGCCAGGCCUCUGCCUUGCCAGAAUCGACCUCAACUACCUGCGACAGUUGCGCCAACAUCUACCGGUGUUCCAGCACCGCAGGCCUGAUCUCUAUGGCAAUCUGGGUCACCCAGUGUCUUAAGACUUUUGACAUCUGAGAUGAGACCCCUUCCCCAUUGUGAGCUGGUACAGCUGUGGCUUGUUGGCAGGACCCAGGCGCAGCUCCCCUCACUCGUAGAACCUCAACUCUAUAGAACACAAGCUCAGCUUCUUGGGAAGGAAACUCUCGCCUGAGCUCAGAUUCCAAGAAAGAUGAAAUUUUAUAUAGUCACUGUUUAUUUCAUGAAAACAAAUUAUGCUGAGGGCUGAGCAGCACUGGCAUUUGAAAAAAAUAUAUAAU